GUUAUGAAAAGGAUAGAGAAUACAUAGUGGAUAAAAUAUUUUUAAAAUUAUUGAAAAGUAAUUAAGGAAUGUAGAGAAGGGACAAAAUGAAAUUAAUGAAAUGUAGAAAGGUUAUGUUGUUGAGCAAAUCUAGAAUUGGAUGAUGCGUAAGCGUAAAAAUGAUAGGAAUAAUGGAUUACACACACGCACGCGCGUGCGCGCGCACGCAAGAUAGAGAUUUUUUUCGUGAUAGUAUAUAAAAUUGACAAAAAUUAAAUAAUACAUGAGAGUUACGUUUAUUGGAAAUUUAGGUCUUUUAUACUAUUGUAGGAACUAUACACAUAAGCGGUUAAAAUUAUCUAGGCAUACUAAUAACUAUACUAGUUCAGAGUGUAUCUUUUUCUUUUCAAUGUGAAAGCAUAUAAGAAGAGAAAGAUAUACUCUGAACUAGUGCAGUUAGUAUCAGUUAGUAUUCCUAGGCGGCUAGGUACUGAUGCCGCGACGUCCGCGCACUGAAGAUCGAAUGACAUGACGCACAUGCAUACAUACGUGUAGAGUUUGGAGUAAUAAACGAAAUGACGUAAUGUUCAGGAGAGAAAAGUGGUUGUUAUUGCAAAUAAAUACUCGACGAACUGUCGGUGUCGGAAUGAUCAGUACAUAGUAGAUAAACGAAGAGGGAUGAAAAAAGGAUUAAUAGAAGUUGAUGGAUGUAUUGUAUUUGAGUAAAAAAAUUACAUGAUACUUCAGGAUUAAGAAUAUAACGUAGCAAGGUUAUAAGAGAAAGAGAAAAAAGCAGAGUGAUUUAUUAUUUUGGGAUGAGCAAAACAAGAGAACAGGCAGGUUCAUCUAAGUCAUCGGGAUCCACAAGUUCUACCGAAGAAAAGGAAAAAGAUGAGAGGAUGUUCGAAUGCAAUAUAUGUUUGGAUACUGCAAAGGAUGCAGUAGUCAGUAUGUGCGGUCAUCUAUUCUGUUGGCCAUGUCUGCAUCAAUGGUUAGAGACCAGACCUACCAGACAAGUUUGUCCGGUAUGCAAGGCUGCUAUAAGUAAAGACAAAGUCAUUCCAUUAUAUGGACGUGGUGCUACAAAGCAUGAAGAUCCAAGGAACAACGUGCCACCACGUCCAGCCGGUCAAAGGUCAGAGCCAGAAGCCAACGUUGGCUUUCCCGGUUUUGGCUUCAGUGAUGGUUCCUACAUGUCGUUUGGCAUUGGUACUUUUCCGUUCGCUUUCUUUACGUCGACAUUUAACUUUGGAGAAACACGACCAAGUGCAGCUCCUAGAGGCACACCACAAUAUGAGGAAGAACAAUUUUUAUCCAAGGUAUUUUUGUGGUUAGCGGUGAUAUUCAUCUGUUGGCUAUUAAUGGCAUAACAUUAUUUCUAAAUCAACCAGUCUGUCCAAUAAUUUGUAAUACUUUGUCUUAUUUGUAAUAUUCCGUUGGUGCAUGAUAAUUGCAAUAUUAGCUUUCAUGUGACUUUUGCAAAGAAAAAAAACAAAAAAUCAUUUAUAUGUAUUUGAAAACUAUAAGACUAAAAAAAUUAGUAAUUAUUUAGAAUAACGGACCACCUCCUGAUGUCAAUGACCUUGACAUAUAUUAUCAAAAUCAUCAUUCUGAAUAAUGUUAUAAAGGUUUUACUUGGCGUUAUUUGUUAAAAAGUUAUAAACAAAAGUUUGAAAAAUGAGGUAAUUAUCUUGAUAUAUAUUUUCGGUAAUUAUUUCCAACCACGGUUCCACCUCCAAAUGGGCUGAAAUUUUUUGUAAUGACUUCUUAUGCUUAGAAAGUAAUGUAAAUAACAAUUUUAAGUCGGGGGAAGUACAAGAAAAAAAUUUAUAAACAAAAAAGAUUGAAAAAUGUACCAUUGUUUUCUGAUUAAUGUGGAAUGAAAUUCGUUUUCCCAGGGGUGUACACACACGCGGGCAGGCCUUCAGCCCUUUUCUCUCGCACCCACUCCGUCUGUAGGGGUACCCUGGGUGCGCAUAAGUACGGUGUACUUUAUUGAGAAAUAACCAUGUCAGUCAAGUUGUAAUUUACCAUCAAGGCCGAAGGCCCCCCUUGCACUCCCCUCUCCGUGUGUGUAUAUCCCUGGGAGAACGAAUUUCAUUCCACAUUAAUCAGAAAACAAUGGUACAUUUUUAAACCUUUUUUGUUUAUAACUUUUUAACAAAUAACGAGCGCCAAGUGAAACCUUUAUAAUAUUACUCAAAUGACUUUGAUAAUAUAUGUCAAGGUCAUUGACAUCAGAAGGUGGUCCGUUAUUCUAAAUAAUUACCCCAAAAUUCGUUUCUUAUUCUUGCUUUAGAAGAGAGGAAAAGGUACAUCGAGUGCUUUAUCCAUGCAAAACGUUUUAAACGUUUUGUUGGCAUUUGUAUACUUCAAAUGGGAAUAGUUCUCCUAUUUGAAUAAUUCUUAUAUUUUGCUGUCAUUUUUUUAUGUAUAUAUUAUGUAUAUUAUUCAUAAAAAACAAGUGAGCAAUCUGCUAUUUAAUAUAUUUAAAGUAUAAAAAGCAUAAUUUAAGUGAAUGCAGAGGGAAAAAUAUUAAUGUAUAUUGUUAAGACAAAUUACACGGUGAAAAACUGCGAAGUGAAUAAUAUGUAUAUAAUAAAUAAAUAAGUAAAUAAAUUAUCUGUGUAUA